CUCUCACAGAAUUGCUCUGUUUCACUUUACCUAAAAGGAUAGAAAAACAAGGCUUUUCGCUCAUAAUUCCGGAAAUUUAUUUGUUAACAGACUUAUCCGAGAAAAAAGAAAAACAAACACGGAAAAAGAAUAAACAUCUACGAGAGAGCAAAUACAGAGAAAAACCUUGGAGAAAAACCUUGGAGAAAACCCUAAAGCAGCUAAUCCCGUCAAUAAUAAUAUCCUUGACAAUGCGUCUUUGUUUUCUGCUCCUAAAUAUUUCUCCAAACCCGAUUCACUAUUUGUUACAGAGAAACCUAGAUUAGAGUUGAUUCACGGUUGGGUUUAUCUGGAACGAAAAACCCUUAUCUGACCAAGGUAAUAUGAACAAAGGUCAUGUACAAUCUUAAUACACACAUAUGGUGGUACUAUUUGGGAUGGGCACUUUUUCAAAUGCAUACCAGCCAAAGAUUUGUCAAAUUUGCGGAAGUCAGAUUGGUGUUGCUGGUAGGAUUUCUAAUGAUAAAUGGGGUGGCGAUGCCCAAUGGAGGGACUCAAGACAAAUGUUGCUACAACUACCAGCGAGAACACUGGCAGUUCAGUUGUAGACAAAUGAACAACAGGUCAUGUACAAUCUUAAUACACUCCGGUAGUGGUAUUAUUUGGGAUGGGCACUUUUUGGUGUUGCUGGUAGGAUUUCUAAUUAUAAAUUGGGUGGCAAUGCCCAAUGGAGGGACUCAAGAAAAAUGUUGCUGCAGCUACCAGCGAGAACACUGGCAGUUCAGUUGUAGACAAAUGAACAACAGAAAGUCAUUUAAGGAACCGGAAGUUUGUGGGAUAUGGAUGAACAAAGAAGUAGACAGGUAUGGUGGGAAGAAGAUGAAACAAGGAAUUAGGAGAACACACUAAACUCGGUUGUGGUAACAUUAGAUCAUGCACACAGAAUGUUUGAGGAAGCCCUGAAAGACUACAAUCUACAAUAAAGGUUUAGUAUAUCAUGAUGAACAGAGCUUCCAUCAAAUUCAAGGCUUAGUGGAUCGCGACGGGGCGGGGCGUGUUAAGUGCUUAAACUUAUUUGAUGCAGUGGCAGUGGACGUGUUAAUGAUUUAAAAUUGUAUCUUUUUGAUUGUAUCUUCAUUCAAGGCCAUGAACCCCAACUCUACUACGGACAAUAUUGUUGGCAUUGUUAACAAAUAUAACAAUCACAAUUUUAUAGUUUUCCCAUUCUUUUAAGUUUAAUGUUUGAUGUUUACCAAUCUAGAAGACCCUGAGAAAGGCGUGGUAUGUUUAUCUGGACUGGUUUUUUGUCUUGGGUCAUUUUUGACCAUUCAUGUGUUGGU